AGUGGGCGAAUGACGACGACACAGGGAGUGCAUCUUUCCUAUUCUUGAAGCACCAACCCUUCGAAAGACCAGACGAAACAGAAAAAGACCAGAAAAGAUGCAGAGACAACAUCGUUUUACUCUAACUCAGCUCCUCUCCUUCAUACUACUACCUGUCGUUAAAUUGUCUAUAUUGACCGUAGAAUCCCAGAAUUUGCCACCUGCGAGGUACGAUGGGUUCGUGUACGAGAAUCGCCAAGGUGAUUUGAACUCCAUCCUGGUCGAAGCAUUCUUUGACCCUGUCUGCCCUGAUUCCAGAGACUCCUGGCCACCUCUCAAAGAAGCCCUUAAACACUAUGGCUCUCGUGUUUGGCUCGUCGUUCACCUCCUCCCCUUACCCUACCAUGACAAUGCAUUUGUUUCUUGUCGUGCUUUGCAUAUCGCUAACACUCUCAAUAGUUCGUUUACAUUCCCUUUGUUGGAGGAAUUCUUCAAGCAUCAGGAGAAGUUCUAUAAUGCCAAAACAAGCAAUUUGUCAAAAACUUCUAUUGUGGAAGAAAUCGUGAAGUUUGCAACUGUAGCAGUUGGGAAUUCUUAUUCUUCUGCUUUCGAAUCUGGUUUUAAUGAUAGACAAACUGAUCUGAAAACAAGGGUUUCUUUCAAGUAUAGUACUUCAAGAGGGGUAUUUGGCACUCCCUUUUUUUUCGUCAAUGGAUUUGUUUUGCCUGAUGCUGGUUCUCCUUUGGAUUACAAUGGUUGGAGAAGCAUUAUUGAUCCAUUGGUUGGUGCAAAGAGUAGUCAGAGCAUCAAUGUUCCCCAUUUCAUAUGAAGGGUAUGGCUUGAAAGACCUCAGGCACUUCGUUACAUGUUUGUCUGUGUAGAAGAAAGAAUCAACACAGUGCUAUAUAGUGUUGAGUUCCUGUAUCUCUGUGCCUGUCUGCCUGUAACUGUUAAUGGUAUUGCAAUAAAGGUUUUAUAUUUUUGCU